GUUUCUAGGUUUUUUUGUGAUAUAUAACACAUACAAAAUACAAUGCAAGCUGUAUGGUGGCUGGGAGAAAAAUCUGAUUUGUCUUUUAAAGACAAAAUGAAAAUACCCGAAGUCUUGAAGGAAAAUGACGUAAAAAUUAAAGUCGCUUAUUCAGGAGUGUGUGGUUCAGACUUUCACAUUAUGAAAGGGGAAAUGGGAAAAUUUUCUGGCAAGCAAGAUGGAGUGAUAUUGGGCCAUGAGUUUUCUGGGACGGUUGUUUCAGUUGGUGAUGCUGUAAAAGAAUUGAAAAUGGGUGACCUGGUGUGUGUAAAUCCAAAUGAAUGCUGCGGUGCUUGUCAGUGGGGACGAGAAUCGAAUCCACAUUUUUGUGAAUCCAACCUUUGUGUUGGCAUCAGCAUGAAUGGGGGAUGGGCAGAGUAUUGCAUUGCUCCAAUUGAAAAGGUCUACAAACUGCCAGACAAUGUUAACCUAAUGCAAGGCGCUCUUACUGAACCGUAUUCAUGCGUUCUUCGUGGAUGGAGACAACUUGGUGAUCUUCCGGAAAAAGAUGCAAGAAUCCUUGUUCAAGGAGCAGGUAUCAUUGGGUGUUUGUUCUGCACACUUCUGCAUCAUCAUGGCUUUACUAAUGUCACUGUUGCGGAAAUAAAUGAGGAAAGAAGAAAACUUUGUGCAGACAUGAAACUUGGAUUUGAUGUUGUUCAUCCUCAAGAAAUUGAUCUCAAGUUUAAGGGGAAAGACACCGAUUACCAUGGUUACUAUGUUGUUAUAGAUUGUACAGGAAAUACUAAAGCUGUGGAAAAGGCAUUUACUCUUUGUCGCCGUGGUGCAACUAUUUGCAUAUUUGGAUGUUGCCCCGCUGGUGAGACCAUGGCUGUGGAACCUUUUCAAAUUUACUGGAAAGAGUUGAAGAUAGUCAGUUGUUUCACCAACCCAAAGUGUUUUGAAGGGGCAUUGGAGCUUUUGAAGGUUCUUGCUGAUAAAGGAUAUCUUGUGUAUGAGAAACUUGGUAUAAAAAUGUUCGACUUAAAGCAGUACGAAAAUGCUUUUGGUUCUUUGAAAGCAGGAACUGCUUCUAAAGCUGUUUUUAAAGUUGAUGGUUAGAAAAAAUCCCUUUUGUUUUGAUGUGUGUGAUCAUGUUUGAGUUGUAUGUGCAAAUCAUUUUUUGUUCAUUAUAUAUAGCCUUGUGCAUUGUGUUAAAGAAAAGAUGAUAAAUAUUUGCUUUGCAAUGUGGUAAUUAUUAACCUCCGCAAAUAUUUUUUCGAAUCGUGUUUGUACCGCAUGGGCUCAGGAAGACUUGCUGCAUAUUUUUAUUGUAACUGCACUGCUGCAUUCGCUGCCAAUAUUGCUUGAAGGUGUUAUUUAAAUAAAUUUAUUUAAGUUUC